AAGGGGCCUUGUGUGGAUAUUGGAGUUUCUUGGCGUUCACGUGGUUAUUUUAUUUCAUCAUUCGGUUCAUGUUGUCAAGUUUAAUAUUUGGCAAGUAUUAAAAAAAAGUAUUUUGUUAAAGUUUCGAGGUGAUUAAAAAUGGAUGAAAUUCAUGCAGGAGGUAUUAUAUUUAUCCAGCAUUUACAACAGCAUUUUAAGGGUUUCAGUGAGUAUAUGCUGUUUUUGUCUCAUCUGGGUGAUCCGAGAAAUGCGUUCCUCGUCUAUUUUCCCAUCGCCUACUUUAUUCACCACUCCGUGGGGAAAAGAGUGGUGCUGGUUGCAGCAAUCUCGGAAUGGCUCAAUGCCAUAUUCAAGUGGUUGCUGCACGGCGAACGUCCGUACUGGUGGGUGCAAGAGUCCAACAUGUACAAAGAACCACCUCACCUGCAGCAGUACCGACUCACCUGUGAAACAGGACCCGGAAGUCCCUCGGGACAUGCUAUGGUCACAUCGUCUGUUUUGUUUCUCUUAGUGUCUGAAUUCAUAUACUACGGAAAGAUUACCAGGCAGAGGAACUUUAUUUUAUUAGUGGAAGUUAACAUUGUACUGUGUGACGAGUCAGUUGCAGGUAUUCUCUUAGCAGUGGCUUUCAACAGUAUUUCCACAACGUCGCUGUCUCUGAAGCACUAUGCCAUGGUAUCGGCGAUGAUACUGAUCAGCACCGUGGCGGCUUACUACAUCAUCCUCCUGCUCGGGUUUGAUCCCGUGUGGUCUGUCUCCGUGGCAACAAAGUGGUGUGCGAGGCCUGAGUGGAUACAUCUAGAUACCACCCUGUUUUAUGCCAUGGUGCGAGACUGCUCAUGUCUUCUGGGAAUGGGUCUUGGACUUCACCUGUCAGGAGAAGACAACUCUGAGUGGACUCCGUUUUCUAAACUGCUGUUGAUUAUUUUUUCCUUAGCAGCAGCCCAAGUGGAGGAAAGAAUAGUUAUAUCGCACCAUUCUCAGAUUGUUUUUUAUCUGUUAGCCUCUGUGAAAUAUAUAGUUCUUUUUGUAGUUAUUGUAAGUAUUAUUCCAAAAAUUGGUGCUGCCUGCAACUUGGUUGGAUAUAAGAAGAAAGAUAAACUAAAGAAGACAUGACUAGAUGUAGCUUAAAUUAAAGUUGCAUUCUUAGAAUCAGUUGAGGCACACACAAAUUUGCAAUGAAUUUAACUCAUUUGUAUUAUCUUAAGUAGUAUUUAUAUAUAGAAGGAAGGAAGGAAAUGUUUUAUUUAAUGACGCACAACACAUUUUACGGCGAUAUUAAGGGAGGAAACCCGCUGUCGCCAUUUCAUGGGCUAUUCUUUUCGAUUAGCAGCAAGAGAUCUUUUAUAUGCACCACCCCACAUACAGGACAGCACAUACCACGGCUGUAUUAUAUAUAGAAUAUAUGUACUUGAAAAACAAAACAAUGUUGUCAUAGGGAUUUGAAUAUUUGUUAUUAGCAAACUGGAAUUUGAUCGAUGUAAAGGUAUUUAAUGUCAAACAAGAUUAUUGUUGUAUUUGUUUGUUUUGUUUAAUGACACCACUAGAGCACAUUGAUUUAUUAAUCAUCAGCUACUGAAUGUCAGACAUGGUCAU